AUGCAAUACUGGGAAGAUUGUGAAAUAUAUGAUUUUUCUGAUUCUGAGAGUAUCUCAAUUAUCUCAAGCAUAUGUGGUUCAAAAUGGAUGAAUGGUCAAGAAUAUUUACUUGUAUCUUAUGCAGAUGCAAGCAAAAGAAUUGAAUGGCAUCCUAGAAGAAAAAAUAUUAAUUAUAUUCAACAACAUGAGGAAACACCUAAAUUAUUUAAUACUACCACAAUUAACGCAACCACCACAUGUGAUGCCCCUAUAAAAUCUUCUAUAAUGAUAAGUAGUCAUGAUAAUCAAGAAUCUAUUUCAAUUAUAAAAAAAUCAAAGGAAUCAAAAGAAUUGUUUCAACCUUCUUUACAAAAUAGUGCUGAUGAUAAUAUAACUUAUUCACCUAAUAAUCUUAAUCAUCAUUUUCAAUCUAAUAAUCAAUCAUUAUUACCGCUGAAAACGUUUUUACAACAACCUAAUGUUAAAAAUUUUGUAAAAACUAAACUUAUUAAACAAAGGAAUCUAAAUCUUUAUGAUGCAAAUGUGAGAAAUUCUAAUGAUGAAUUGAAAACUUUAAUUGAAGUUCCUUUAAUUCCUAAAAAUAAUAGUUCAUCACAAUGGACGGGUAAUUUAUUUAAAGGAGAAACUCCGGAAUUAAUAGGAAACGUAAUCAUAAAGCCUUUGGAAGGAAGAUGUCAAAAUUCAACCUAUCUAUCAAUGAUUUCAAAAAUAGAUCAAUUAUGGAUGCGAAAUUUCAUUCCGCAAAGUUAUGCAGAAUCCAUGAUUAAGAAUAACAAUCCUGUUGAAUAUCCAAUGUUUACGAUGGGUGUGACGUCCGUAACUAAAAGUUUUAUUAAAAGCAAAGAACCUAAAAAUAAUUCGGAAAGCAAUGGAUCUAUUGGUACAAUUUGGAUAAAUGAAAAAGAGAAAUUAUGUUGGCUAGUUUUUCCAAAUUAUCAUCGAACUUCUGUCAUAUUAAGAUUAUAUCCAGAUCCUGAAGAAACAUUUAUCCUCGUUACAAAAAAACUUCCUGAAAAUUGUAAAAAUGAUGCAUCCGAUUUUCUAAAGAUUCAAAAACCUAUCGUUGAUAUAAAUCAAAAUUUUGAAGUUCAAAAAUUAAUACAAUGUUUUAUUAAUCUUGGUGGAAUUUAUGAUAAGAAUCUUAAAAGAAAAGAUAUCUCUUAUUAUAUGAUACACGUGGAGAAACUAAAUCAAAUUUGUUUCAUUCCUCAUCAAAUUGAAUUAAAACAUACUUCAUGUAAAUUUUAUAUUUUUGGAUGGAAUUUAGAAGGUUCAAAUCCUAUUGAUUUUUAUGAAAUUUGGUCUCAAGAGGGAGGUGGAUUAGUAACAACUACUCCAAAAGUUUAUCUAACUGAUAAAAUUGAUAAGAUUUGUGGAAUUAAAAAUUGGGAAAAUAUAAAUGUUGAAGUAUUAUACAAGACAAUGGUUAAUAUGCAAUCUAUCCAUUGCAAAAAUUACCGCCAUUUCAUACUUGUGAUUGAUGAAUCUGAAAAAUACGAAGAAAUGAAAUUUAAUUGCGUUUGUGGAGUUGAAAAAUUGACAUUUGAUAUUUUUGAAGCGAAGUAUGGACCAAAAAGUUUCAAACUUUUGUAA